AGUCUUCUCCUUACAAAUCUCAGAACUCUCUUGCAGUAUCUCGGCUUCAACUCUCUCUCUCUCUCUCUAAUGGAGUUUCUACACAGAAGCUUUGUUUUGACUCUCUUCCUACUUUCUCUCUCUACCCUCACAGCUCGCUCUUACACCUUCUUCUCUCCCGUCGAUAACUGCCUCAUCGACUGCGGCUCCACCCUGGACUCCACCGCAGACAAUCGCCUAUUCAUUUCCGACUCGUCCCGCUUCAAAUCUCACUGGCUCAGCUCAACUCGCUCUGUCUCACUCAAAAGCAACAACCCUUUUGAUGUCUCUCCUCGUAUCUACCAAACAGCUCGAGUCUUCACGAAGCCUUCGGGGUACGAGUUUGAAAUCAGGGACAAGGGGACCCACAUGGUACGUCUUCAUUUCCACAACCUUAGUUCUUCAAAAUUUGAUUUUAAUGAUGCUCAAUUUCAUGUUCUCGUUAAUGGGUUUGUGGUUUUGAGUGAUUUCAUUGGUGGGAAUUUAGACGGCCCAAAAGUUAUGGAGUACCUGAUCUGGGUUGAGACUGGUAGGCUUGUAAUCACUUUUGUCCCCACUUGUAAGUCUAAGUUUGCGUUUGUGAAUGCUAUUGAAGUGAUUUCUGCACCAAAAGAUCUGAUUGUUGACACGGCUCAGUACGUGAGCUCUGAGAAAAUUGAGCAAUUUGAUGGGUUGGUUGAACAAGCUCUUGAAGUUGUCUAUAGGGUCAAUGUGGGAGGGCCUAAAGUUACACCUUUUAAUGAUACUUUGUGGAGGACUUGGGUUCCUGAUAAUGAUUUUUUGAAGUCGAGUUUCGGGUCGAAAAGGGUGUAUUUUAGUGGUCGGAUUAGGUACCAAGUGGGAGGGGCAAGCCGUGAGGUUGGUCCGGAUAAUGUGUAUAAUACAGCACGAGUGAUUAAGAGUACAAAUGCUUCAAUUCCUGAUGUUAACAUUACAUGGGUGUUUCCUGUGAAGGGGGGAUUUAAGUAUCUUGUUCGUUUGCAUUUUUGUGACAUUGCUAGUAUUUCAAUUGCUUUGCUGUAUUUCAAUGUGUAUGUUAAUGGGAAUUUGGCAUAUAAAGAUUUGGAUUUGUCGGGUGUUACCAAUUAUGAAUUGGCUGCUCCGUUCUAUGCGGACUACGUGGUCGAUGGAGAUAGUUCUGGGGUUUUAACUGUUAGUGUUGGGCCUUCAAAUAUGAGCUAUGCGUAUGGGAUCGAUGGUAUUCUAAAUGCUGUUGAGAUUAUGAAGUUGAAUAAUUCGAUGGGGAGUCUUGUUGGCGACUUGCCUGCGGAGUUCAUUUUGAAGAGUUGGCCAAGAGGAAAUAUCCAUGUUUUGGUUCCUUUGAUUGUUGCUGUUUGUUUGCUGGCAAUUCUAUCUUUGGUCAUGCGUAGGAGGAUGACUGGAUUAAAGGACUCUGUCAUGUGGUCAAAAUUGCCUACGGAUGUUUCCAAUGUUAAUGUCAAGUCGGGCUCCCCACAGCCAUAAUGUAAUUUGGUAUGGAUCUAAAACUAUAAGGAUUUACGUGACAUAUAACACGAGCAUGCUAUAGAAAAUUAUUGUAGUGCUUAUCUUUUCUGGGGUUAGGAAUUGUUGGAAGAAUAGUAGAGUUCCCUGUUGUAUUCUCUGUAACAUAAGAUAAAUAUAAGUUUGAAUAUAAAGUCUUGAAAGAGCUUCAUGUAAUUUGCAGAGUACCGUAUUACUCUGUGUAAGUUGUAUUAGUAGUAUAUAGUUAAAGCAUACAUUUAUUGGCUUUUUUUCU